AUGGUCAAGUUCUCUCAACUCCCCUAUGAGCUCCGUGAAAAGAUAUGGCUGGACACCAUAGAGCCUCGCCUCGUCGGUCUGGUCCCCCAUCGAGUCGGCAAAGGCCAAUGGAGCGUGAAAAGCACAGCUCGUCCGCCCGUGGCCAUGCAUGUCAACGCAGAGUCUCGCCGUAUCGUGAGCAAAUACUACAACAACCUGGAAACCCGCAGUGUUGAAAAUCACAAAACCACCGGGCACUACGGGGAGUGGCCUGUUGUUCUGGAUGUAUCGCCGCAGCACAUCUUAUUCAACUUUGAACUCGAUACUCUUCACUUUGCCGACACGGCGCCUCCCGAUAAGCCUCUGCCAGAUGUCGAGGCGAGGAUCAAGCCGAAAAUUCCCACAAAUGCACUGGAUCUUCUUAUCCUUAAAGAGUCCUUGGACGCAUUUCAAGGGCCUGGCUUCAGGCUGAUGCUCAACGCUUAUGAUCGUCUCCAGGACUGGCCCUAUCUCCUCGAGGCAAAGGACGUCAGCAAUGGUUCCGUUCACAGCGGAGAUCCGACGCUGCUCAACUGGACUCGCAUCCAUUACGUGCGCUUUGACUUUAACAUCUUUCUGUCGGAUCUCGCCAUCUGGUGGGGGUUCAUGCAUCCGUUUGUCUUGUGGAUGCAGCAGGCCGUAAACCAUGUCGAGGCCCCGGACGACCCGAUAAGGAGCUGCGAUCUCGUCAUGGUCAACGGCCGAGGCGGCAAGCGGAAGCUGCAGAAAACAUUGCGCCUCGCGCUUCGUCCAGAGAAGGAGGCCGAUGAAGCGUAUCAAUCUCUGUCUCCUAUUGAGCGGCUGGAGCAGUACGGUGCGGUGGUCUUCGAGGAGGUGCUGCCUACGCCCGAAGGCAAGGCCAUUCUCUUCGAAGUUGUCGAUCCCCUCAUCGGAGGCGAGGCCAUUUCCAAGUGGAAGCAGUUCUCUAUGGGUCAGAGGCUUGGGAGAUCGCCUCAUCUCGCUGUUCUUCCGAGAACGACGGCUUUUGGGUCGGACAUGGCGGUGUUGUGGCACAUGGCCAAAGGGAGACGGGGACUGGCUCACGGUGAGAUGUCUCCUGUUCAUGGCCUGUGCCUUGCAGAUUAUGGAAGAGAUGGUGGCUUCCGCGGCAAGAUUUGA